AUGAGUGCCAUGAAGUCUGCUGUUAGACCUUCUGCCGUCAGAUCGCUCGCCGCAAAGUCCGUCCGCAACUACUCUCUUAGCUCCCAUAAAGAGCUCAAGUUCGGCGUUGAGGGCCGUGCUGCCCUUUUGAAGGGUGUCGAUACCUUGGCCAAGGCUGUCUCUGUCACUCUCGGCCCCAAGGGUCGCAACGUCCUCAUUGAACAAUCCUUUGGUGCCCCCAAGAUCACCAAGGAUGGUGUCACUGUUGCACGCUCUAUCACCCUCAAGGACAAGUUUGAGAACAUGGGUGCCCGCCUUCUCCAGGAAGUCGCCUCCAAGACUAACGAGUCUGCUGGUGAUGGUACUACCUCUGCUACCGUUCUUGGUAGAUCCAUCUUCACCGAGUCCGUCAAGAAUGUUGCCGCUGGCUGCAACCCCAUGGACCUUAGACGCGGCACCCAGGCUGCUGUCGAGGCCGUCGUUGAGUUUCUCCAGAAGAACAAGCGCGAAAUCACCACUUCUGAGGAAAUUGCUCAGGUCGCCACCAUCUCCGCCAAUGGCGAUGUUCACAUUGGCCGCCUCAUUGCCUCUGCCAUGGAAAAGGUUGGCAAGGAAGGUGUCAUUACCGUCAAGGAGGGCAAGACCAUUGAGGACGAACUCGAAGUCACUGAGGGUAUGCGUUUCGACCGCGGUUACAUCUCACCUUACUUUGUCACUGACGCCAAGUCUGGCAAGGUUGAGUUUGAGAACCCCCUCAUCCUCCUUUCUGAGAAGAAGAUCUCCACUCUCGCUGAUAUUCUCCCCUCCCUCGAGCUUUCCAACAAGACUAGAAGACCCCUUGUCAUCAUUGCUGAGGACAUUGACGGUGAGGCCCUCGCUGCCUGCAUCCUGAACAAGCUCCGUGGCCAAGUCCAGGUUGCUGCUGUUAAGGCUCCUGGUUUCGGUGACAACCGCAAGAACAUUCUCGGUGAUAUUGCCAUCCUCACUGGUGGUACCGUCUUCACUGAGGAGCUCGACAUUAAGCCUGAGAAUGCUACCCAAGAGCUUCUCGGUACUUCUGGCGCCAUCACCAUCACCAAGGAGGACACCAUUGUCCUGAAUGGUGACGGUGACAAGCAGAACAUUGUCCAGCGCUGCGAACAGAUCCGCGGCUACAUUAACGACGCCAGCACCAGCGAGUACGAGAAGGAGAAGCUCCAGGAACGUCUCGCUAAGCUCUCUGGUGGUGUUGCCGUCAUCCGUGUCGGUGGCUCCUCUGAGGUUGAGGUUGGCGAAAAGAAGGACCGCUUUGUCGAUGCCCUCAACGCUACCCGUGCUGCCGUUGAGGAGGGUAUCCUCCCUGGUGGUGGUACUGCUCUCCUCAAGGCUUCUCGUAUCCUUGAUGACCUCAAGACUGAGAACUUUGACCAGAAGCUUGGUGUUAACAUUAUCAAGACUGCCUGCUCCAAGCCUGUCCGUACCAUUGUCGAGAAUGCCGGUGGUGAGGGCUCUGUUGUUGCUGGCAAGCUCAUUGAUGAGUUUGGUGAGGACUUUGAGAAGGGUUACAAUGCUGCUAUCGGUGAGUUCACUGACAUGAUUGCUGCUGGUAUCAUUGACCCCUUCAAGGUUGUCCGAACCGGUCUUGUCGAUGCUUCUGGUGUCGCGUCUCUUUUGGCCACUACUGAGUGCGCCAUUGUUGACGCCCCCGUCGAGGCCUCUCCUGCUGCUCCUGGUGGCGCCCCUGGCAUGGGCGGCAUGGGCGGUAUGCCCGGCUUUUAA